GCAGCCUGGGCGCCGUGAUUGACAGGGGGCCAUUUAAAUACAACCUGCCCCUACCCCACCCCCGCAGCGUGCGCGCGGCGGUGUUUCCCUGCCCGUGCCCAGCAGGCGCGGAAACGGCCCGAGCCCUUUGACAGACUCGCAGCGGCGGCGGCGGCAGCUCCCCCCCCCCCCAGCCACCCGCAGCCGCUCCAGGCAAAGGCACCGGGCUUCCAAUGUGACAUCACCCACCCCCGGGCCGGGGCCGCGCGCCUCUCAGGGGGCCACUUUCCCCGCUGCGAGCGGGAGGGGGAGGAAGAGAGGCGAGAAACCCAUCAAUAAAUCACCGAGGAGCCGAUUUCGCCCGGGAGCCGCGCCUGGCGGGGCCCGAUCCGCCUCCUCUGCAGACGCCGAAGGAGCGCAGAAACGGGCGGCUGGGGGUGGGGGGCGCCCUGAAAACUUCCUCUCCGGCUUCCUCCUUCGAGGCGGUGCAGCGGUCUUGGCGGCGCAUGGUGCCUGGCUGGAUGGUGUGGUAGCGGGGGGAGCGUUUGGCGAGGCCAGGGGGUGGGGGAGGCUGCUGCAUCGGUCUCCCCUAUGGACGAGAACAGCCCUCUGUCUCCCAAGGCAAAUGCUUUCAGUAUCGCCUCUCUGAUUUCAGUCGCCGCCGAGCACGCAGGGAAGGAAGCGCUGGAGGAGCCCAGCUGUGGCCUUAGCAAGCCCUUCAGCCCCGGCUCCCACCCGGAGAAGAUGCAUUUCAGCACCGUCACCAGAGACAUGGAAGCCAUCUCCAGCCCCUGGCUCACCCAGCUGUCCCAUUUUUGCGAUGUUGCAGCUUUCACGGCCAACAGCCUGAGCAGCCUGAACGCCUCCGGCGGCUACCACCUCUCCCCUUCCCCGGGGGACCCCUACGGGCAGCCCGAGCCGCCGCACUACGAGCCCUGCUCGGCCCAGCAGCACCCGCACCAACACGGCUACCCGUUCGCGGCCGGCCCGGCCCCGGGCCCCAACCCGCCGCCGCCCGGCCCGGGGCCCCCCGAGAGCGGCGGCGGCGCGGCGGCUUCGGGCUGCCCCGCCGCGCCGGCGGCCAAAGCGCCCGUCAAGAAGAACCCCAAGGUGGCCAAUGUCAGCGUGCAGCUGGAGAUGAAGGCGCUGUGGGACGAGUUCAACCAGCUGGGCACCGAGAUGAUCGUCACCAAGGCCGGCAGGCGCAUGUUCCCCACCUUCCAGGUGAAGAUAUUUGGAAUGGACCCCAUGGCUGAUUACAUGUUGUUAAUGGAUUUUGUACCCGUGGACGACAAAAGAUAUCGAUACGCCUUCCACAGCUCCUCCUGGCUCGUGGCCGGCAAAGCUGACCCUGCUACCCCCGGGAGAGUUCAUUAUCACCCCGACUCUCCUGCUAAAGGGGCCCAGUGGAUGAAACAAAUAGUAUCCUUCGAUAAACUGAAACUGACCAAUAAUUUAUUGGAUGACAAUGGGCACAUCAUUUUGAACUCCAUGCACAGAUACCAGCCUCGUUUUCAUGUGGUCUACGUGGACCCCAGGAAAGACAGCGAGAAGUAUGCAGAGGAGAACUUUAAAACGUUUGUCUUCGAGGAGACCCGCUUCACCGCCGUGACCGCCUAUCAGAAUCACAGGAUCACACAACUCAAGAUUGCCAGCAACCCCUUCGCUAAAGGGUUCAGAGACUGUGAUCCAGAAGACUGGCCCAGGAAUCACAGACCAGGGGCCCUUCCUCUGAUGAGUGCUUUUGCCAGGUCCAGGAAUCCAGUGUCUUCCCCUGCACAUCAGAAUGGGACUGAGAAAGACGCUGCGGAGAGCCGACGGGACUACGAGCGGGAAGCGGCCAGCGGGACCCCUCUCCACGCCGACCCCGCGCACCAGCAGCUCAUGUCGCGGGUGCUGAGCCCGGCCCUGCCCGUCCCCGGCGCGGGGGGCCUGGUCCAGCUCAGCAGCACGCCGGGGAGCCGGCCCAGCCCCCCGCACCACGAACUGCGGCUGGAGCCCCCCGCCUCGGAGCCCCUGCACCACCACCCCUACAAGUACCCGGCGGCGGCCUACGACCACUACCUGGGGGCGAAGAGCCGGCCCGCCCCCUACCCCUUACCCAGCCUCCGGGGCCACAGCUACCACCACCACCACCAUCACCACCACAUGGGCCCGCCGGCGGCCAACGUGUACUCCUCGGCGGCCGCGCCGCCCAGCUACGACUACGGGCCGCGGUAACCCCCGCGCCCCGCCGCCCCCGCAUGGUGUGCGCCCCUCCCCCCGCCCGCCCGCGCCUGGCCGCCGGAGAGCCCCGGCCGCCGAGAGGAGAACUCCCGCUUCCCGCCUUGCACCGCCCCGGCCCGGCAGGGCCGCUGCUCCGCUCUGCCCACCCGCCCCCUGGCUCGCCGGGCAGAGCGGCCGGGCCGCAGGCCGGAGCCAGGCAGGGGCAGGGCCGGGCCCCCGCCCCGCCCGUGCAGCGGGGCAGCGGGCGACGGGCCGCGGCACUGCGCUCGGCUCCAGCCACCAAGCCAUAGGGGGCGCUUCCCGCUCCGGCGCUAGCCGCCCCCGCGGCCGCCUGGCGCUGAGGACGGCUCGCGCGCCCGCCCACAGCCCGGCGAGGGGGCCGGCCGGGCUGCCUCGCCCCGGGGAAGGGGCAGUGACUCGCCCUCGGCGAGCCUGUGGCGAAGCCAGCCGUAGACUCUCGGCCCUGGCCCUCCUGCGCCAGCCCGGGUGGGCUCUGGGGGGGGGGCAUCGUGUUAACACCGAAUGAGGAGGUGUCCUGUGCUGCGCGGCUGGCCCUGGGCCCCUGCAGCCCCUGCCCCUCCUCCUCCUAGGGAGAGCCACCUAAGUGUUGUGACUUACUGAGGGGGAGGACUGGGGCUCCCUUGGCUUUAGACCUCCUCCCCUGUAUUUUCCAGGGGACUAGCGGUGGAGGUAGGCCUUAAAGUUAGGACAUGUUUUGGUGUUGCCAGGUGACCCCCCAGCUUGGUCCUUCCCAGUGCCCAUCUCCUCAUGACUGAUGAGGUUGUAGGGGGCAACUUUAUACACAAGCAACAGUUUGGGGCCCUGUGCUUCUCUAAUGGAGCCCAAGGCCGAGAACAGUGCUACAGAUUUUUAUUUCCCACAACAAUCGGGAUUAAGCAUACAGGAAAAAAAAGACAAAGUUUGGGCCGUAUUUUUGUAUUCUCAGAGGGGUCGUGAUUGCUGGUGAUGAGAACACCACCAACGCAGCCCUACAACUCUACCUUGCCUGGUGAUUUCCUGGUCUCUUAAUACUCUCCACUGCAGCCUUGCCUUUUAGAGGAUUUUUCCCCCCAGCAUGCUUUUCAGGGGCUGGCCCUUUAAAUCUGGCAGAGCUGCAGUUUUACAGUGACCAUUUUGCAAUGGCUGCUUGCUGUAUGCCCCUUCUUACAUCUGGAAAGUACCUUUUAUGUCUUCCCUCAGGUUGCUUUUCCUGUGGAGAUGGUCCACAUCCCAAAAUUUAGCUUCUGGCAUAUGUCUCCAGCUACACAUUAUGAAUAUCCAGACUAUGUUUUUGCUUGGUGUUCCACCAAUUGUCAGGCCAGUCCUGUAUUUCAGAGAAGGAUUUAACAGCUAAUUGACCAUGUGGGUGCCUCCGUCCUUCUCCCCCCUGUUCCACAGAAUUCUGUGGAAAGAGAUGGGUUAUAUUUUAUGUCCUCCGAUUCAUCCAUAUUUGUGCCUCUGCAUUGCAAAUUCCACAGUGUUCUCUUGGUAUCUUUUUGAAAGGGGAUUCCUUACCUUGUGAAGGUGGCAAAUGUUAAGAUCACAUAGUAAUGUCUAUCCAAUCUUCAGCAAUAGGCUCUAUCAAGAAGAGAUACAGGCAGAUGUGAAUAUUUUCUGUAACUUUUUCCAUUACAAAAAUCUGGAUCAAUUGUGAAGAUCUGUGCAAGAACCAUGUGUUUUUAUUUGACAUUUGCAGUGAAUUGUGAAAUUUUUAGUGUCCGACUACACAAUAAUUGUUCUCAAAAAGGCUGAUGUGAAAUAGACUUGUGCAUAUUAUUAGCCAGCUGGAAACUGCUCUCUGACAUGCCCUGUUGCUUUGUCGCUGUUAUUUCAGAGUUUUCACUAUGAUUUGUUACCUGGACAUUGAUUAGUGCCAAAGCUUUUGUUUAAAAUGAAGUUGUUAUAUUUAUUUUUUCUUUCAGAGAUUAUACAAACGUUUUUGAUUUUGUUUUCAUAAUAGUUGCAGUGUAGGAAAAAGGCAAGACAACCAAAGAGUCAUAUCUGCAAACAGUGUAGAUACUUGUAGAUAUUUAUAGAUAUGUGUAGAUAAUCUUAUUACAGUUCAAUUGAAAAGACAUUGGACAGUGACAUUUAUAAAUGGUUUUCCUUCUU